UAGGGUUUCCGGUCCUUGAGUUCCUCUCAAAACCCUAGCUCUCUGUUUUUACUUGCUUUGAGGCCCCUCUGAGGAUCCUUUUCUGCUUUUCCUGUGCAACAAUGGUGAGGGUUAGUGUUUUGAAUGAUGCUUUGAAGAGCAUGUACAAUGCUGAAAAGCGCGGGAAGCGCCAGGUCAUGAUAAGGCCUUCCUCAAAAGUGAUCAUCAAAUUUCUACUGGUGAUGCAGAAGCACGGUUACAUUGGUGAGUUUGAAUAUGUUGACGAUCACAGGGCUGGUAAAAUUGUGGUUGAAUUGAAUGGAAGGUUGAACAAGUGUGGAGUUAUCAGCCCUCGAUUUGAUAUUGGUGUCAAGGAGAUUGAGGGAUGGACUGCAAGGUUGCUCCCUUCAAGACAGUUUGGUUAUAUUGUGUUGACGACUUCUGCUGGCAUUAUGGACCACGAAGAGGCUAGAAGAAAGAAUGUUGGUGGCAAAGUGCUUGGAUUCUUUUACUAGGCUGAGCUUUUUCCUUUUCUUUUUUGAAUGACUUAUUCCGCAUAUGAGGUGAUUUUGGUUGUGCCUUUGAACUUCUUUACUAUAGGAUUAGAUUUACCCUUUCCAAAGGGCUAGUGUAUGUGCUUGAUUGCAUGAGUUAAAGAUUGAUUUUUUUUGUAGCUCACAUUUUAUUUAAAAGCAGCAGCAUUGAUUACUUGGUUA